UGCGUUCCUCCAUGUCAGCCAAAUUAUCAGAGCAAAUUUGAUAGGAUUACUAUUAGCUUCAAAUCAUAUAUUCAUAUAUAGCUAAUCUAAUAGCUAAUUGAUACAAUAGUUAACUAUAAAUAUAUAUUACACCAUUAAUACAUGAUUCUACCUCUUAUACACAUAAUAUAUAUUACACAUCGUUUUCCUUCUCUCUCCUCUCUUACCUCCUUUACACGUGUUCAUAGCUGGCUUAUAGCCUGUUAUUAUAUUUCGGCAACUUUGCAAACCAUUGACCGCUAGUCUCAACAGAAUCUGCAGGAACAAAUCGACAAUCUCUUCGUCAGGUUGCAGCUGAAAAUGUUUGACGACGAUGCAGUACAAGCCAAGGAUCACAAUUCGCAAGGCAGAGAGAGUCUCAAAGCCACUACGUUUGCCACUACGAGUCUCGGCGAGCUGACCAGUGAGUGAGCGCCACAGCGCGCGCGCGUGCGCGGGCGCGGCAAUGGCCGCACUGCUCGAGUGCUUCUUGCUCGCCGUCGCCGUCGUCCUCGUCGCUCAUGCGGCGGCGCCGGCGCCGGCGGCGUCGUCUCGGCUGCCUCUGCCUCCUCCUCCUGCUGCUGCUGCUGGUGAUGUCUCCGGCUCCGACUCCGACCGCCGCGCGCUCAUGGCGUUCAAGAAGCUCGUGAGCGGCGACCCGUCGCAAGCCCUGGAGUCAUGGGGCGACGGAUCGACACCACUGUGCCGGUGGCGCGGCGUGUCGUGCGGCGUCGCGGCGGGGCGCCGCCGCGGCCGCGUCGUGGCGCUGGACCUCGCCGGGGCCGGCAUCGCCGGCGAGGUGAGCCCGGCGCUCGGCAACCUCACCCACCUGAGGCGGCUCCACCUCCCGGAGAACCGCCUCCACGGCGCGCUGCCGUGGCAGCUCGGCCGCCUCGGCGAGCUCCGGCAUCUCAACCUCAGCCACAACUCCAUCGCCGGCCGCAUCCCGCCGCCGCUGAUCUCCGGCUGCCGGCGCCUCAAGAACGUCCUCCUCCACGGCAACAGGCUGCACGGCGAGCUCCCCGGCGAGCUCCUCUCCUCGCUGCGCCGCCUCGAGGUACUCGAUCUUGGCAAGAACACACUGACAGGAAGCAUCCCUCCCGACAUUGGCAACCUUGUAAGUCUCAAACAGCUCGUCCUAGAAUUCAACAACCUGACAGGACAGAUCCCAUCACAGAUAGGCAAACUUGGCAACCUCACCAUGCUAAGCCUCAGCUCAAAUCAGCUGUCAGGCUCCAUCCCUGAAUCGAUCGGAAACCUCUCGGCAUUGACCGCCAUUGCCGCCUUUUCGAACAACUUGACAGGGAGAAUUCCGCCAUUGGAGAGGUUGUCAUCUCUUAGUUACCUUGGUUUGGCAAGCAACAACCUUGGAGGCACCAUUCCUUCUUGGUUAGGGAACCUCUCGUCACUGACAGCUCUGGAUCUUCAGAGCAAUGGCUUUGUUGGAUGCAUCCCUGAAUCUUUAGGUGACCUUCAGUUUCUUGAGGCAAUUUCACUGGCAGAUAAUAAGCUUCGGUGUCGGAUUCCUGAUUCCUUUGGAAACCUCCAUGAACUCGUUGAACUCUAUCUUGAUAAUAAUGAGUUGGAAGGAUCUUUGCCAAUUUCCUUGUUUAAUCUCUCCUCCCUUGAGAUGCUAAACAUACAGGAUAACAACCUCACUGGUGUUUUUCCACCUGACAUGGGUUACAAGCUUCCAAACCUGCAGCAAUUUCUUGUAUCUAGAAACCAAUUCCAUGGUCUAAUCCCUCCAUCAUUGUGCAAUCUCUCUAUGAUACAGGUGAUUCAGACAGUAGAUAACUUCUUGUCGGGAACGAUUCCGCAAUGCUUGGGAAGAAACCAGAACAUGCUGUCAGUAGUGAACUUCGAUGGAAAUCAGCUUGAAGCAACCAAUGAUGCUGAUUGGGGCUUCAUGACUAGUCUAACCAAUUGCAGCAAUAUGAUACUGAUAGAUGUUAGUAUCAACAAACUCCAAGGUGUGCUACCAAAAGCAAUUGGUAAUAUGUCAACACAAUUGGAGUAUUUCGGCAUAACAAACAACAAUAUAACAGGAACAAUACCUGAAUCAAUAGGGAACCUCGUCAACUUGGAUGAACUUGACAUGGAAAACAAUCUUCUCAUGGGGAGCCUUCCCGCAUCUCUCGGCAAUCUCAAGAAGUUGAAUAGAUUGUCUUUGUCAAAUAACAAUUUUUCAGGAUCCAUCCCAGUAACUCUUGGCAAUCUUACAAAACUUACAAUCCUUUUGCUUAGUACCAAUGCACUGAGUGGAGCUAUACCUUCUACUCUCAGCAAUUGUCCUUUAGAAAUGGUGGACCUUUCUUACAACAACCUUUCCGGCCCGAUACCGAAGGAACUUUUUCUUAUCUCCACAAUAUCAAGUUUCCUGUAUCUUGCGCACAAUAAAUUAACUGGGAAUUUGCCUUCAGAAGUGGGAAAUCUCAAGAAUCUUGAUGAACUCGACCUCUCUGAUAAUACGAUUUCAGGAAAGAUCCCUACCACCAUUGGAGAAUGCCAGAGCUUACAGUAUCUCAAUUUAUCUAGGAACUUCAUCGAGGACACAAUUCCUCCGUCACUGGAACAAUUAAGGGGGCUCCUAGUACUUGAUCUUUCUCAAAAUAAUUUGUCUGGAACAAUCCCUAGAUUCCUAGGUAGCAUGACAGGUCUUUCUACUCUGAAUCUUUCAAGCAAUGAUUUCGAAGGUGAAGUUCCAAAAUAUGGAAUAUUUCUUAAUGCAACUGCAACCUCUGUCAUGGGAAACAAUGACUUGUGUGGUGGGGCGCCUCAACUGAAGUUGCCAAAAUGCUCAAAUCAAACUAAACAUGGGCUGUCUUCAAAGAUCAUCAUAAUUAUCAUUGCAGGAAGCACAAUUUUGUUUCUCAUUCUAUUCACAUGCUUUGCGCUACGUCUAAGGACUAAGCUUAGAAGAGCAAACCCAAAGAUACCGCUCUCCGAUAAGCAACAUAUGAGAGUUUCUUAUGCUCAGUUGUCCAAAGCAACAAAUAGUUUUGCAUCUGAGAACCUCAUUGGAGUGGGCAGCUUUGGUGCAGUGUACCAAGGAAGAAUUGGGAUCUCUGACCAACAAUUGGUGGUUGCAGUGAAGGUGCUCAACUUGCAACAAGCUGGUGCGUAUCGAAGUUUUGAUGCAGAAUGUGAGGCUUUGAGAUGUAUUCGCCAUCGGAAUCUUGUAAAGAUUCUUACAGUUUGCUCAGGUAUUGAUUUCCAAGGUAGUGACUUCAAGGCGCUUGUAUUUGAGUUCCUGCCAAAUGGAAAUUUAGACCAGUGGCUACACAAGCAUCUUGAGGAAGAAGGUGAACCUAAGGUGCUAAAUCUCGUUGAAAGACUCCAAAUUGCGAUAGAUGUGGCUUCUGCACUUGAAUACUUACAUCAGCACAAGCCAUGUCCAAUUGUUCACUGUGAUCUGAAGCCAAGCAAUAUUCUUCUUGACAAUGACAUGGUUGCUCAUGUUGGUGAUUUUGGGCUUGCAAGGUUCCUUCAUCAAGAACACAGCAAUAGUUCAGAUAAAUCAACUGGUUGGAAUGCAAUAAGAGGAACAAUUGGCUAUGUUGCCCCAGAGUAUGGAUUGGGCAAUGAAGUCUCAAUCCAUGGAGACGUCUACAGCUAUGGCAUACUUUUGCUGGAGAUGUUCACUGGAAAAAGGCCAACAAACAGUGAAUUCGGCGAUGUUCUUACUCUUCAUGAGUAUGUAGAAACAGCGCUGCCAGACCAAACAACUAGUGUCAUUGACCAAAGCCUACUAGAUGCGACAUGGAAUAGCGAAGGAACAGCUCAAAAGUACCACGACAUCGAAGAGAUAAGAACUGAGUGCAUUGUUUCAAUUCUGAAGGUCGGAAUAUUGUGCUCAAAAGAGAUACCAACUGAUCGGAUGCAAAUUGGGGAUGCAUUGAGAGAGUUGCAGGCAAUUAGAGAUAGGUUUGAUACACAUCAGCUAUAGUAGCCUAUAUCUUGAUGAAGUGGUGCAGCAUAUCAAAGUCAUGCUUGUGCAUGAAAUAUUCUACUUCGUACUAUUUAUCUGUUGAGGGUCAUGCACUUAUCAGUCAAGUAAGUCUGCAAGAAGACACUGGAGGCUGAACAUGCUCUACUGAAGAUUUUAGGAGUUGGAAGCUAAAAACGGAUAUCGAGUAUCAUGGAAGAAGCAAAACAUCUUCAGCUAAGGAAAAGGAGGAAGUUAAUUGAAAUAAACUAGGGCAAAAUGCUGUACUACAUUAUCAAGCAAAAAUAUUGUACUCGAGCAGCUACAGUCAGCUUAUGGCCACACCUACACAACACUCUGUAAUGGCUGAGAGGUAUACUAAAUAAGAGCCUAUAGCAAUUCGUAUUGCAGGGCAUCCAAUUAGCUA